AUGAUAGUCAGUUGUAAUCGGGCCGUAGUCGGUUGAACAUUUUUACUGAUUCUAAAUUAUUUUUCAAGAUAAUUAUGUUUUAGGUUUACAGAAAAUGGUGUAUUUCUAGGUAUUGAAUUGUUCUGGUACGUGGAAACGAACCCUGACCAUCAUGGGACCCAUAAAACUGCUCGUGUAUUUUACAUUGUGUUUCGCAUUAUUUGCGCGGGAAGGGUAUACUCGAAAAAUACCCGAUGAUACACUCAAUGAAUCUUUGAUUGCCCUUGCUUCUGGAAAUAUCCGAACUGAGCUGAAUCCUGACUCAAAAGCAGUAGCUUUUACGAAAAAUGUUGGCACUCAACUAGCACCAAUUGAUCUAGAUGUAGCGGCGUCUCACAAAAAGAAGAAAAAGUCGUCCAAAGGUGGAGGAUCUAAAAAAAAGUCGGAGCACCAUCUGAAAAAAGGACACAAAUCAGACAAAGGGUACAAAACAAAACAUCACCAUGACAAGGCGAAGAAAGGAAAACAUGGCAAAGAAGAACAUGAAGGUCACUAUAAAAAAGAAGGAGGGCAUAAGAAAAAGAAACACGAUGAAGCUGAAAAAUACGGACAUCAUCAUAAAGGUGAAAAGGGUCACAAAGGUGCUAAAUAUGGCGAAAAGAAAGGACACAAAAAAGGACAUAAAACUAAAGGUUACCACAAUAAGUUUCAUAAAGAUGAGUACCAUAAAGAACAUAAGUUCUAUGACGACUUCCAUAAAGGAGGACACCAUAAAAAACAUGGCUCUCAUCAUAAGAAACAUGCCAAUAAAGAAGGUAAACAUAAGAAAGGUCAUCAUCACAAAUCUGGACACCAUGCUGAUAAAUAUGGCAAGAAAGGCCACAAAGAAGGGGGGCAUUAUGAUAAGGAGCACAAGGGUCACCAUGGAAAGAAAGGACAUGAUGAACAUCACUCACAUCACGAAGACUAUGGCAAGAAAGGAGGAAAUAAGCACUUCAAAAAAUACGGAUUCAGUAAGAAAAAACAAGGUUGAACUAUAAAAAUCUAAAAUGAUAUGAUUAUCUUUAGAUUUCAAAUUUCUAAUGUACUGACACAUUACUUGAAUUAGUAUACAAUUACCAUUAUAAUAAUUAUAAACAUCAUCACUAUAUAUAUUUUUAUUUGAUUCGUAUUA